GCUCUUAUUCUAACAAACUCACUCAUCGCCGUACAUCUUCCCUGCAAAUCUCAGCCAACCAUUGCCAAACCCUUUUUCCUCUCAUAAUCAAAACUCUAUCUUUCCUUCAGCCUUCACCGCUGCUAUUUAUUUUUUCAUAUUCGUAUUCCAUUCUUUAUCUGCAAAAAGCUUAAUCACAUAUCUUCAAAAUCAUCGAUCUAACACCCUUCUCCCAUAAUCUUUCACCUUUUUCUAUCACCCAGCCUUUUUAUAAGAACACCAGACCAACUUUAGAGGAAAAAAGAACUUGAGCUUUUACGACAAAUCUGGCUAUAAAGAGGCAUUUUUUGUCUCUUACGCAUGUCAAAAAGUGGGAUCCAAUAGGACCCAAAGGAGUCGUUUCAGUCUGGCAGCUACAACAACUUCAAACAGUUCUCGCACCACUAAACAGGUGUGGGUUGAAAAUAACAAUGAAGGAGGAGUGAUUCCACUUUGCGUUUUGAGAAGAUCAAGAUCAUCACACAUCUGGAGAUUGAGGCGUGUUUCAGUUGGCUUAUCACUUGACUACGGCUAACACCACUCACUACUUCUCAAUCUCAACUCAACUACUUAUAUAAACCAUCUUACCUUUGUUUCAAUCUUUUCAUUCCAUCUUCAUCUUCUAGAUGUAGUUGAUCACUGAGUUCGUUGUCUGUGGCUAUACAUUUGACAUAUAACUCAGUAUAAUCCAAAUCAACCCAACCCAACCCAACCUUACCUAACCAGUUCCAACAAGAUGUUUCGGUUUUCAUGCUUUCAUUCUCCCACUCAUGCUCAGAAACCCAAGAAAACGGUUCAAUUGCCUACGGAAGCAAUGCAAAAAACAUUGGAAGAUUACCAUGUAAAGCAACCGAAGAAAGAUCCUGUCUCUUUAAAAGAAUCUCCUGAAGGCAAAAAUGCUACUUCAUCUCCCUCUUCCAUGGUUCAAGAUUGGAAAUCUGAAGGACUUAAAAGCACAAAUGACAACUACAGUGAAGAUGGACACCAAAUAAAAACAAUGAGGAAGAGUGUGUCUCUAGGAACCGGCCUAGCACACUAUCAAGACAUGCCACCUGGCGAUGAGUCAUCAUCUUCUCAUAACAAUCAUAGUGAUUCCGGAGGUCAAAAUGACGAAAAAGAAGAGUAUCAUAAUGCUCAGUCUUCAAUUUCUCCUCAGAUAAGUUCAAAUUUGGUUAACCACACAUCGGAACUUUCGCCGGAAAAUUCCGAGAUUCGAUUUUCUGGCGAAGGUACCGCCGGUUCUGGCAGCCAGACACCACCGUGUACUACUCCACAUGCUAUUGUGAAAUCAAAUUCAUUGCCAUAUUUGCAUUCGGAUCACUCAAAUGUUGUUCAUCAAUCUCGAUCUUCUGAGGACUUGAAGGCAUUCGAUUCAAGACCAGACAAUUCCGAUAACAAUUCCGGCGAAAUCUCGCCGGAAAAUGACAGUGAAGGUCAUGAUGAUAAAAUUGAUGGUGAUGAUGGUUAUGACUAUGUGGGUUCUGCAAAAGACUGGAUUGUCCCUGCGGUGGAUGAACUAGGGAAGGGUAAAAGCGUCCAAGAAGAUUAUUCAGAUUGUCGGUGGGAGGAAUUGCCUAAUGAGGAUUUCAAGAUUAAACGUAUUGAGAAAUGGGUUUUGGAUCUUCAACAUUGUUCUUCAUUGGAAGAAACAAAUGUUGUUUCGGACAUUAUUGAUCAACAUGGGCAAAAUGGUAAAAGUGUUGUCUUGGAUCCCAUGGCAGCUUCGAAAAAUGACGCAAAAGCCCUUUUGGGUAUGGAUGCUGCUAAGAGAUAUAUUUCUAGUUUGGGUGCUUCGGCCACAUCAGCACAGCUUUCAAACCAUGGAUUAGUUGUUAUCCCUUUUCUCAGUGCUUUCACAAGCCUUCGUGCACUUAAUUUGUCAGGAAAUUCAAUAGUGAGGAUAACUUCAGGUGCACUUCCUCGUGGACUCCAUAUUUUAAAUAUUUCAAAGAACAGUAUUUCCACCAUUGAAGGUCUUCGAGAACUCACUAGGCUACGUGUACUUGAUCUUAGCUACAAUCGUAUUCUCAGAAUUGGACAUGGUCUUGCAUCGUGUUCUUCAUUAAAAGAACUGUACUUGGCUGGAAACAAGAUAAGUGAGGUGGAGGGUCUACAUCGUCUCCUAAAACUGAAUGUAUUGGAUCUUCGUUUCAACAAGCUGUCCACCACAAAAAGCCUGGGCCAGCUUGCAGCUAAUUACAACUCCUUACAAGCAAUCAGUCUAGAAGGCAACCCUGCUCAGAAAAACAUAGGAGAUGAACAGCUGAAGAAGUUUCUACUUGGUCUUCUUCCUCAUCUUGCUUACUUCAACAGACAAUCAAUUAAAUCUGGUACCAUGAAAGACUCGGCUGACCGAGCUGCCCGGCUUGGGAUUUCUGCUCAUCAGAUUGAACGUGGGGUAAGGGCGGAAUCGAAAAAGUCAACACAUGGAAGGAAAAGUCAACCGGCGGUGGGUCGUGGGCGGCAUGGGCGGUUGCCGCCUAGUGGGGUGAAGGUGACGGGUGAUAGGCAGCAGCAGUUUCAUGAUGCGAGUACGAGUCUUUUGAGCUUUAUGCCGGAUCUCGCGAUGAGAAGAGCUCAUAGUGAAGGGUUGUUGAGAGCUGUUUGAGAUUGGAGAAUAAUGGAAGUUUGAUGAUUUGUAUGUGUUUUUUUGUUUUGGAUUUGGAGUUUGGAGUUUGCAUUUGUGGUUGUUUAUUGUGAUAUGAUUGUUUUCAUUUCUGUUGGUUUGGGACAACAUUGUUUUGUUUUAUUUGGAUUGGAUGAUUGUUUAUUUAUUUGAUACUUCUGAUUGGAAAUCAAGCAUUGAAAAUUGAAAAUUCUAAA